AUGUCGAAGCUCAUCACAGUUUUUGGUGCCACCGGCAAUCAGGGAGGUUCCGUUAUCAAGUCCAUUCUUGAGGAUGCACAGCUUUCCAAGGAAUACAAGAUACGAGGUAUUACCCGUGACACUUCGAAAAAGUCUGCCCAGGACCUGGUCAAGCAGGGCGUUGAGGUCGUCUCUGCCGAUCUGAACUCCCUUGAUUCCUUGACCUCGGCACUAUCAGGAUCCCACACCAUCUUCCUCGUCACGAACUACUGGGAAACCGCCAAUGGCGACAUCGAAUUUUCACAGGGCAAGAAUGUCACUGACGCGGCCAAGAAAGUUGGCGUUUCUUACAUCAUCUUCUCCUCGCUCCACCAUGUUACCGACGAGACCAAAGGCCGACUGAGCCAUGUUCCUCAUUUUGAUAGCAAAGCGAAUAUUGAAAAGUACAUCCGCGCUUCAGGGCUCCAGUGCACAUUUGUCCUCGCCGGCUACUAUAUGAGUAACUUCACCCAGAUGCUCAAUAAGGCCGAGGAUGGGUCGUAUCAGCUGUUCUAUCCUGUUGACGGCAAGAAAGCGAAGUUCCCACUGUUUGAUGCAGCCAAGGAUACCGGUAUGAGUCUCUUUGUCAAGGCUACUCUGAAGAAUGCGGACAACUUACAGGGAAAGCAAGUCCUAGCGGCUUCCGACUACUACACGACCGAGGAGAUUGUGGAUACCUUCUCCAAAGUCACUGGAAAGAAGGCAGUCUUCAUCAAAGUUACACCCGAGCAGUAUCGCGCGUCCUUGCCGGAGGCCGUUGCUUUAGAGUACUUGGAGAACCAGCUUUUUGUUGAAGAGCCUGGUUACUACCUUGGAGAAAGUCUUGAGCCCAGCCUGAGUCUACUUGACGCCAAACCUACUAAUUGGGCUCAGUAUGUAACGGAGAAUGCUGCAGCCUGGAGUUAG